UCCGCCCCGCCCGCGGCCGCCAUGGAGGUGGCGCCGCGCGUCGCCUUUGGGGUUAUUGCCGACAUCCAGUUCGCGGACGCGGAAGACGGGCACGACUUCGGCGGCAGCCGGCGGCGCUACUAUCGGCACAGCCUGCGCCUGCUGCGGGAGGCGGUGCGGGCGUGGGCCGGCGAGAGCCCGCCGAUAGACUGCGUGCUGCAGCUGGGCGACAGCAUCGACGGGCAGAACGCACGGCGCGGCGAGGCCGAGAGCGCCUUGCAGCAAGUGCUGGSUGUCCUGGGGCAGCUGCCGGUGCCGGUGCACCACGCUUGGGGCAACCACGAGCUCUACAACUUCAGCCGGGCCCAGCUGGUGCACACCGGGCUGUACAGCCGCCCCGCGGGGGGCUCGGACGGACCCCCGGACAGGCACUGUCACGCCUAUCACUGCAGCCUGGCCGCAGGGCUCCGCCUCGUCGUGCUCGACACCUACGACCUGAGCACCCUGGGCAGGGACCCCGACAGCCCCUGCUACCAGGAGGCCCUGCGGGUGCUGCAGGAGAAGAACCCCAACGAUGACUUCAACAGCCCCGCAGGUACCUCCGGCUCGGCAGGGGCGCGGGCGGCCGAACCUUCGCUGUCCCGAGCUCCCGGUGCUGACAGCGGGAUGCCAGGGGMUCAGGCAUGUACCCCAUUGCUGCCCACCUCUGCCGCCUCCCUGUCACCAGUGCGGCUGUAGGCGGGCACAGGAGAUGCUCCCCCGUACAUCUGUGCUGUCCCGGUGUCUGGGCUGUGUCUGGGCUGUGCGCUGUACCCCGCAGUAUCGGAACACGAGGCAGCUGCUGCUGAAGCGGCUGUUGUAGAGCACCGAGUUGUGCCCACACUGUCCCAUGCUGAGGGAACACCCAACAGCAGAAACACUGUGUAGUGUGACCAAAACUUCCAAAGACACUAACAAAUAAUCUUCGUGCAAGGAGGCUGAAGUUUUGA